AUGCGCUGGGUUCUCCUUCUUUGGCUCGCUUUGACCUUCUGCCUGAUCAAGGCUCAAGGACCUGUCGCCAUCUCUCGCAGAUACCAACCCACGACCGGCCGCAUCCAGCUCUUCCCCGCUUCACCACGAGCAGCCGCACUCACGCGCCACCACUGCAACAUCCUGCAACUCACCGCGACUCGCCGGUAUCUCGAGGCCGUCGCUGCCAGACUGAGUCUCGACGUGCAAAGGCUGCUAGUGGUGCGUCGUCUCUCCAAGGAGCAGCUCCUGGAAUCCAGCAUCCAAGGCAAAUGCGACUGCGAGAGUGCCGCCGCCCCCACGACCCCUACGCCCACACCGGCACAGCCAGUGACUCCCCCAGAAGAAGGGGGUUCUCUCACCCCCAACGGAUCGUGGGAGCUCAAGCCGACAGAAGCCGAGAGAGCAGGCAGCGGCUCGGCAGCUGACGAAGCGGCAGCGUCCAGUCACUCGGGGUCGUUCUUCACCAGCUCCAUGUUCGUCCUCGCCGUGUUCUUCAUGGCGGUGCCAGUGGCCUGCAUCCUCGGCUUCGUGCUCUUCUGCAAGCGCAGGAGACGGCAACAACACACCCACGCCUGA